AGCCACAGCUCGUUUUCACAUAGCCAACCAACUAUGUCUUUUAUCUCCGCUUCCCUCCACAUUUUGAGUAUUUGUCAUCCUCUCUUUCUUCUCCUAAAACCCUAGCCGAACAUCUCUCUACCUCUCGUCGCCACCCAAAACAUGACCGUGACCGUAGAAUUGGAUGACGGUUACGCGGCGGAGAAGCUCUUUAACCAGGGCUUCUCAUACACCUACGACGACGUCAUCUUUCUUCCUCACUACAUCGACUUCCCAGCUGAUGCUGUUUCUCUCUCUACUUAUCUUUCACGGAAUGUUCCUCUCUCUAUUCCCUGUGUUUCUUCUCCUAUGGACACCGUCACUGAAUCUUACAUGGCGGCUGCUAUGGCCGCCUUGGGAGGUAUUGGUAUUAUUCAUUCUAAUAUGCCCCCUUCUCACCAAGCUGAUAUGGUCAGAUCUGCUAAGUCUCGCCGUGUUCCUAUUUUGUCUAAUCCUGCCUUCAAGUCCCCUGAUUCCAGGAUUCUUGAUCAAUUCGAUGAUGAUUCUCUGCCUUGUGUUUUAGUUACUGAGUCAGGUACUGCUAAGUCCAAGCUAUUAGGCUAUGUACUCAAGUCUGAUUGGAUGUCUUUAAGUGAUAAAGAUGCUAAGUUGGUUGAUUAUAUGCGCACUGCUGAUUCAAAAAUCUGUGUGCCAUGGAGUUAUGACUUGGCACAGAUUGAUGCCUAUUUUAGAAAAGAAGAGCGUGAUUUUGUGUUGCUGGAGGAGGGUGGAGAGGUACUGGAUGUGAUCACCAGGCAAGAGGUGGAGAGGGUGAAGGGCUAUCCCAAGUUAGGGAAGGGGACGGUGGGGUCUGAUGGGAAAUGGAUGGUUGGGGCGGCCAUUGGGACCAGGGAAUCUGACAAAGAGAGACUGGAGCAUUUGGUGAAAGCAGGGGUGAAUGCAGUGGUGUUGGAUAGCUCACAAGGGAACUCCAUUUAUCAGAUUGAAAUGAUAAAUUAUAUAAAGCGAAAAUAUCCAGAGUUGGAUGUGAUUGGUGGGAAUGUCGUGACUAUGAAUCAGGCGCAAAAUCUGAUUAAGGCAGGUGCGGAUGGAUUGAGAGUUGGGAUGGGAUCUGGGUCAAUAUGCACCACCCAGGAAGUUUGUGCAGUUGGACGAGGACAGGCAACUGCUGUUUAUAAGGUUUCAUCUAUAGCUGCACAAAGUGAUGUUCCUGUAAUUGCAGAUGGUGGCAUUUCAAACUCUGGGCAUAUUGUUAAGGCUUUAACACUUGGGGCAUCUACUGUAAUGAUGGGAGGGUUUUUAGCUGGAAGUACUGAAGCUCCUGGGACCUAUGAGUAUAAGGAUGGUUAUCGAAUUAAAAAAUAUCGUGGCAUGGGUUCUCUCGAAGCAAUGACUAAAGGAAGUGAUCAAAGAUACUUGGGAGAUACAGCUAAGCUAAAAAUUGCACAAGGAGUUGUGGGAGCAGUUGCUGAUAAAGGCUCUGUUUUGAGGUUAUUGCCUUAUACCAUGCAAGCAGUCAAACAAGGGUUCCAAGAUCUUGGUGCUUCCUCUCUCCAGUCUGCUCAUGAUUUGUUGAGAUCAAAGACUCUGAGGCUUGAGGUUCGGACAGGUGCUGCGCAAGUUGAAGGUGGAGUACAUGGGCUGUUUUCUUACGAGAAGAAAGCCUUUUGAAUUUAAAAUCCUCUAGCAUUUAUUUCUACUGCUAAUGAUUAGUUUCCUCCUGCACUUGAGAUCUAGAGCAUGAGCAACAUUUGAGUCGACUGCACUGAUUCUGCUAUGGCAAUUUGCUAGCAGUUUUUUCAUAAAGUUGAGGUGGUUUUUGGCUGAAAUAACCAGAAGCAGAAAUCCCAAUUGUUGUUUGUUCUUUGCUGAUGGGUAUGCAAGCACUCUUCUACUUGUAUCUUAGCCAAUUUUGGGAUUUAAUUGAAUAACUUUUAUUCAUAAAUUUUGCCGAUUUAUGAAUUAAUAAAACUUUUAUUUAUUGUUCUUUGGAACAAAAGAUGAAGCAAUAACUUGAUUGUUUUA